AUGACGGAUGAACAGAAUCAAUCAGCCCGGUCGGAGUCGGCUGAACCGGACUCGAAGCCAAAGCAUGCAACCCAGGCCAAAGUUCGCCGACGUAAUCGUAUGAUUACAUCGUGUCUCGAGUGCAGACGACGGAAGUUGAAGUGCGAUAAGCAGAAUCCAUGCACCAACUGCAACAAGUUCUCGAGAGAGUGCACGUUCCUCGCCCCCGCGCUGGAUUCUGUGUCUCAGCAAAGGCUCAAUGAAAUCAAAGAGAAGAUGGGCUCUUUGGAGCGUGUCCUCGAAGAAGACGUCGCCAAGCGGAGCCACGGCCCCGGCCGAAUCAAGAAGGAGCGCAAAUCUUCGAUAGACCUCCCUGGCGAAGAUGGCGACAGUGGAAGCGAUACUCCGCCGGCCGAGUAUGAAAAGGGGAUUGAGCCAACGCCUCUAGCGGUUGUCGAUGCGUCUUACGAGGAUGAUGCCGAUGACGAUGUGCUUGACCUUGGGGUGCGCAUAGGCAAGAUGCGUAUGGGCGAGCGACUCGGAGGCUUCGUUCGUCCAAAAUUCAGCGAAGAGCUCACUCUGGCUUUAGCCAAUCCACAAUAUGAUCGAAGAACGGAUGAGGAAAGGCAAUUCGGCGGCAUCCCACCACUUGCCGACAACUCUCACGACUUCCUCGAACCCGGCCCAACAUUCGCCAAUCCGGGGUCAGGUUUUGUCUUCGGUGACGUUGGUGGUCGACAUAGCCUGAUUGAUUUCCUCCCUACCAAAGACGUCGCUGAUGGUCUAGUCUCCAAGUACUACGAGAAUGUCCAUCUGGUGUGUCGUGUUCUGCAUUCGCCGUCUUUCCAGUUCCUAUACGAUAACUUCUGGACAACAGUUCUUGCUGGUUACGAGCCACAAGCAUCAGGGCAAGCCGUCGUGUUGGCAGUCAUGUUUUCGGCUGUUGCUAGCAUGCCUGAAACAGAUGUGACGGCAAUCUUCGGACGACCCAAGAAGAUGGUGCAGGCCAACUUUCAGAAAGGCGCAGAAGUCAGCCUGAGCAAAGCACAAUUCCUGCGAACGACCAAAAUGGAGACACUACAGGCGCUGGUAAUCUACCUGAUCCCAAUGUGUCGAGACCAAAUUUCACGAGCCCACUCGGUAUUGGUGGGCACGGCUAUCAGGCUUGGAGAAUGUAUGGGACUGCACCGUGACCCGAAAGACGUCUACAGUUUCCCGCCAGUAGAGUGUCAUACCAGGCGAAUUCUAUGGUUUCAGCUCCUAUACCUCGACUUCAGGACAGGCGAAUCGCACGGCCCGAGACCUUGUGUCAAACGAGAGGACUUUGACACCAGAUUUCCGCUCAACAUUGACGAUGCCGAUCUGAUGUCUGGCAAAAUAGAGGAGACGAAUACGCGUUUCACCGACAUGACUCUUUCGAGGUUACGAUUUGAGUGCAACGAAAUGCAGCGCAUCAUAUGGUACGACCGCAUCCGACUGGAGAAGAAGACUGUAUCACUUACCCAUGUGCUCGGCAAAAUCGAAUCAUUCAGGAAAGCCAUGAUGGCAAAGUAUGAGGCCAUGUUGGACAGGUCGGUUCCAGUCCAAAGAUAUGCGUCCAUCGUGCUCCAGAUUCUCCUGAACCGUAUGCACAUCAUGGUGCUACAUCGGUAUCUCAAUCACAUGACCAAAAGCCUACCGGAUAGGCUUCGUCAGGUGGUAUUGACCACAGGCAUAGCCCAACUAGAAGGCGGUGUCGAGCUAGAGAAGGAUCCAGAACUCUCGAGAUGGAAAUGGUACAACAUGGCUCAUCACCAGUGGCACGCCGCAUUCCUGCUGAUGUUCGAGGUAUACCAAUACCCCCACAGAAAGGAAGCCGACCGCAUCUGGAAAGUGGCGGAUUUUGUAUUCGAGCCCGACCUUUCCCUUUCAAGAACACAGAAAGGCAGGUCAAUAAUCGCGGCCGUUAGGGAUCGUGGCGCCGUGUAUCGGGACAUCAGACGGAUGCGUGCACCCGGCAACAUGCGAUCUUCCACGGUUCGCGAGAUCUGGGACAUCAAACCGUGUUCGAAACCUUCAGAAGCCGACCAGGAAAUGCAGCAGCACGCACCCAGCAAUCCCCUGCUGCAGCAGUCCUAUCCCUCCCCAGACGUGCGAAGCCCAAGCGAAGCCAUCAACCAAUCCGCCAUGAACACCGACUGGAGCUUCAACAACAUGGCUACAAGCUUCUUCACCAAAGGCCGCUCCUCAUCCGCCGAAGCUCGCGUCCUCCAACAGCAACAAUCCUUUGACGCCAUGCCCAACCGCGCCCCGUCCGUCCCCGGCCUCGAAUACAGCAGUCCCAGCGAGAACAGCACGAACGAUCCCGCGAACUGGCCGCCUCUCAUCUCCGCCGACCAACGCGGCUGGGUGCCCAUGCAAGCCAUGACGUCGCCGGCAAAUCCGAACAUGCAAGUGCCGGCGACUGCGGGGUUCCCCAUACCUCCAACAGCCGGCUUUCAACCGCAGUCGUUCUUCGCGCAGACCAUACCGCAGAGGGGCGCGUUGGGAGGCACGCCCUCCAGCUCGGGCGGCGAGGAGGCGAUGCCGGACAUUGACUGGAGUGAAUGGGAUAAGAUCUUCCCGCCCGAGCACAAUAAUGGGCACUUGGACAUCACGCCGCCGCAGUUUGUUGGUGGGGGUGGUCGAUGA